CUGUGUACAGAUCUCAACACUGCUGCAGUAUUUUUUUGGUAGUUUCCAGCUCCAGAAAGCCUUGCAGCAGCAGCAGCAUCCCAGUCGUCCCUGUGUGAUUCAUUACAGCCUGUUUCAGUGGGCUCUUUAAGAGGAGAGACUCUGCAUCUGCUGAUCUGUGAGCCGGAGCGGUGCCGCCCUCCUGCACAUCCUGCUGCACCUCGGGGACCGACGGACACCCGGGCGGCUCGUCCCGGGACUCACCCAGCGUCCCGGCACCCGGAUCGGUUAUGGAUAAUCGAUUAUCUAAACAUGCUCCGGGCCCUGCGUCCUCUGCGUCCGAGCAGGUGUGAAAGGUAACCGGGCUGAGCUGCUGCUGCUGCUGGAAGGACGCGUUUCUUCUUCUUCUUCUUCUUCUUCUUCUUCUUUUUUUAAAUCAGCGGUUCGCAUCAUACAUGUUUGAUGCCACAGACGUGACACUUCCUCCUGAUCUGCGAUGGGCAGCUGUUUCUGGCUUCUAACAGCGAGUUUCUGUUGGCGGCUGGUUGGUCCGGUUCGGCUGAUUGGGCGUCAAGAGGAAGAAGCAGCAGUUUGAUCAACAGCUCAGCAUGUCCUCGGUGCUGGUGUCCGAGCUGAGCCUGGCUGAGCUGCCCAUGGAGAGCUGGAUGUCUGAGCUGCCCUGCGCCCUGUGGGACACCCCCCUGUACCACCUGGCCAUCCCAGGCAGCCACAAUGCAAUAACCUACUGUCUGGAUAUGAACGACAGAUCCCCUGUUGACCUCAUGCAGCCAGACCUGCUUCAAAAGCUGGACAAGUACAUGAAGCCGCUCAUUCGGCCCUUUGUGUACAAGUGGGCAAUAACACAGGAGUUCACUAUAAAGCAGCAGCUGGACUGUGGGGUCAGAUACUGUGACCUGAGAAUCGCUCACCGGCCCAACGACAGCUCCACCGAUCUGUACUUCUACCACGGUGUUUACACCACGCUCACUGUUCAGACCGUCCUGAUGGAGAUAAGAGAGUGGCUGGACGCUCAUCCCAAAGAGGUGGUCAUCCUCUCCUUCAGCCACUUCCUCGGCCUGAACCAGGAGCUGCACAUGCUGCUGCUCACAACCAUCCGCAACGCAUUCACCUCCAAACUCUGCCCCAAAACGGAACCAUUAACUCUUCGAAACCUGUGGGCUUUAGGCUACCAAGUGAUUGUGUCCUAUGAACACACCAUUUCCAGCUGUCACAGUGAACUGUGGCCGCACAUUCCUUACUGGUGGGCCAACAAAUGCAAAGCUGAGGCUCUUAUUGAAGAGUUCGAACACAGGAAACAACAUGGCAGACCAGGAGGUUUCUUUGUCACAGGAAUCAAUCUGACAGAAGACCUGAAGUACAUCUGUACACAUCCGACAGAGUCCCUGAAGGACUUAGUGAUGUCCACGUACCCAACACUGCUCAGUUGGGUUAAAGAACAAACUCCCGGCUCCAGAGUCGGCUCUCUGAACAUCAUCGCCGGGGACUUUAUCACAGAGAGCCACUUUGUACCGACUGUUGUUACACUGAACGAGAAACUACUGAAAUGGUCCUCAUGACUUUCUGCCAAUAAGCAUGGUUCUCCAGCAACGAAAAAAUGUGAAUCACAGCAUGAAAUACACUCAAGCUUGUUUUGUUAAGAGUGGCAGAAAAAUACUUGAAUUAUUCAUUUAAACAUUAAUGCACUUGCUGGACGCAGUGACAUGUGCAUUUCAGUCUGAAAGCUGCUUUUUUUGGAUAUUUUGACCUGCACUUGUUUGUUUACAUUCAGUUCAAUAUUUAUGCAAUGUACUGUAUCAGUUUUCACAAGUCAGCGAGGCAGCCAGGUUUAUGUUACGCUGACCAAAGCAAUAACGAUCCAGCUAAUCUCACCUGAACGUAGGCAUUUUAGACGAGUAAGCACAACGUAUUCAAUGAGCACAUAUGACUAAUGUAGAACACAAACUUUUAUAAUUAUAACAUGAGCAGUAAACUGUAUCAGCUACAAUACGCUUAUUUACCCAUAGAGAAUGUAGAAAAGACAUGAAACUUAUGCAAAAUGCAUGGAAAACCUACUUGCAUGAACCCAACGUUGACUGUUUUACUACUUUAGCCGAGAGGUUCAGCCUUGAUUUAACAUGACGCUGCACCGCUGUGCCUGUGGAGAUAAGCUUUUCCAAUAAACAUGAGCAUUUUUAUGCAAAA